AGUCCAACCCGAACGCCCUCGCCGUGGGAUGGCGUCCGGAUAGCCGAUAAGUUUAGCCCCGUUUGCCCGCAGCGGCUGCCCAAUGUAAAUAACGAAACCGCAGCUUUAGAUAAGAUGCCAAAAGGACGACUAGAGUACUUGAAACGUUUGCUACCUUUUUUAAUCGACCAGUCGGAGGAUUGUUUAUACUUGAACGUGUUUUCACCGGCGCACGCCGCUCAAAGCGACAAGAAAUUACCUGUUAUAGUAUUUUUACACGGAGAAUCAUUCGAGUGGAACAGUGGGAACCCCUACGAUGGGACCGUACUGGCCAGUUACGGAGAAUUAGUUGUAGUUACACUGAAUUAUCGGUUAGGAAUCUUAGGUUUUUUAAAUGCCAAUCCAAGUCCGGAGAUACGGGCCCGGGUGGCCAACUACGGUCUGAUGGACCAGAUGGCGGCCCUCCACUGGGUGCAGCAGAACAUUGCCAAAUUCGGCGGUGAUCCGUCGAUCGUGACGCUGGCCGGUCACGGAAGCGGCGCAGCGUGCAUCAACUUCCUAAUGACUUCGCCAACCAUGGUGCCCGGUUUGUUCCACCGGGCUAUCCUUCUGUCCGGUUCGGCCUACUCGUCCUGGGCCCUGGUGGAGGAUCCCGUGAUAUACGCGCUGCGGCUGGCAAAAGAAGUCAAUUGCUCAAUACCGGAAGAUCUCAUCAAGAACCACGAACAGAUCGUGGACUGCUUGCGGGAUGUCCCACUGGAAGAACUGUUCGCAGCGGAUAUUCAACCACCGAGCUUCCUCAGUGCUUUUGGGCCAUCGGUAGACGGUGUUGUAAUUCGGCCUGGACGAACAAACCAGGAUAUCGACGAAACGCCUAUUCGAGGAACAUCGAAACGAUCACAAGGUGCAGCAGGUCGGUACGACUUGUUGUUCGGGGUGGUCACUGGAGAAGCUCUGUGGCGAUUUAGCGCCGCUGAUAUCCAGAGUGGCUUCGAAGGCGAACGAAGAGAUCGAAUUCUGCGAACAUACGUUCGCAACGCAUACACGUACCACUUAAGCGAAAUCUUCUACACCGUAGUUAAUGAAUACACCGACUGGGAACGAACCAGUACGCAUCCGAUCAAUACUAGGGACGCAGCGGUAGCCGCACUUUCCGAUGCUCAAUUCGUAGCCCCGCUAGUCCAUACCGGAGACAUGCUAGCACCUCCUCCACCCCUGCCCGGUCAGGAACCGUCCGGCCCGAAGUGUUUCUUCUAUGUGUUCGACUAUCAAACCAAGGACGGUGACUAUCCCCAGCGGAUGGGAACCGUCCAUGGGGAAGACCUACCGUACGUAUUCGGUGCUCCGUUGGUCGAUGGGUUCAACCACUUUCCGAAGAACUACACCAAAUCGGAGGUGGCCCUGUCGGAGGCCAUCAUGAUUUACUGGGCGAACUUUGCCCGGACGGGGAACCCAAACGAACACCACCGGCAGGAUUCGAUUUUGAUGGCCUCCAAAGAGCGGAACCGCUUCCGCAGCAUAAACUGGGACGAGUACGACCCAGUGCAUCAGAAGUACCUUGAAAUCGGCAUGAAACCGCGCGUCAAGAACCACUUCCGGGCGCACCAGCUCUCGAUCUGGCUCCGGCUGAUACCGGAGCUGCACAAGGCCGGCAUGGAGGACGUGGUGGCGCGGCACAAUCUCUUCAAGAACCACGACGACCUGGACAUCUACGAGGGCAUCGUCAAGCCGAAUCCCCUGUCGCGGUUGUCCUUCCUGGAGCAGGACCUCAAGCGGAGGGGCAUGGGACCGGGUGGGCCCCAAUACGGACACUCGCUGCACAGCAAUGUUGCACUCGGAAUGACGACGAUGGAGCCUGCCCUGCUAACAACGUGUAUGCCAGUCGGCAACUACACCGGCUAUAUCCAGCCCACGUCAACGGUGCUGAACGCAACCACGGACACCUUGGCCGGUCUAGAAGCGGCCGGAUAUGCGGCAUACUCGACCGCGCUCAGCGUUACCAUCGCCAUCGGGUGCAGUUUGCUGAUACUGAAUGUGCUGAUCUUUGCCGGGGUCUAUUACCAACGGGACAAAACCCGACUGGAGGUGAAGAGCCUGCAGAAGCAGUACCAGCAGCGAGGUGGAAUGCACCAGCAGGGUCCAUUCGAUCCGAUUAAGCACGCCCACUACCACCUUGGCCACUCCCAGUCCGCCAACGUGAUAGUGGACGUCGAAAACCACGACACCGGUGCUCUCAUACUGGCCAGCGAUGUCAAAUCGCCCCAUAUCUGCUCCAACUCGAUGCAGAUCAACGUCAUGAAGAGUGGAUCUCCGGGCAACGAUGGCCGAGGAGUUGGAGGUGGACCAGGUGAUGGCGGCGGUUGUAACGUUCCGUCGGGCCAAACCGCCAAUAAUGCAAAAAUCCCUCUGGCCAAUAACACCUCGUACAAACCUCGAACGGAGCACAUUACGAUACCAAUCAAAAAUUCAACCUUCACCGGAGGCGCCGGGAUGAUGACGCUGCCCAAACCGGGCACGGUCCACAUCCCGAUGAGUUACAAUCGGAACGAGUGCAUGACACUGCCACGAAAUGCCGGUGGUGGCAUUAGCACGUCCAGCACCAACACAGAGGCUCAACAAAUUAAACUACCGCCAAACGGAACAGCGAUCGGAAUCCACAUGCGUUCGAAUGCGGCAUCCACCCUCGGCAGGUCGCAAUCCUGUAGUAAUAGUUCACCGGAGUCGAACCGGUUAUCCCAUCACCAGCAGCAGCAGUCAUCGAUGACAUCGACGGGUGGCCCGCCUCCGCCACCCAGCAUUGCCGCCCACCAACACUCCCAUCAGCAUCACUCCCAUUCGCAUUCGCACUCACAACCACAACAGCAGCAUCAGCAGGAUCCCGGAACACAACUGCAAAAUCUCAAAGGACAACAUCAGCAGCAGCAGCAGUCACAACUGCCCCAGGCGGCAAUGAGUGAAAUGCGCGUUUGAUUGCAUUUCGCCUCCUCCUACCCUGACCAAGGACAACGACGACGCUCGCGCCCUGCGCCCCCACCGAGGUCGGAUGCUGACCAUUACAACGACAGCGAUGACCUCACCGACAACUACUGUAGUGGCUGUGGCGGCGAUGAUGGUGAAGUUGUUUAAUGUUUUGUUCGAGGCCCUUCACCCCCUCCCGGCAGGCGGGGGGGCUCUGAUAUCGGCACGGUGAUUCAUUCGGCGUUGUAAGUAAAAAAUAAUUGCCAUUGAAACUUUAAACGCCAGGUUGUUUGUAUAGUUAUUCUUUAC